GGUUUUUACAGGCUUCCUCUUCAUUUGAGGUGAAAGAUGCAAGUGGUAAGGUCUGCAUAAUUGCUGAUCUGACAGUGGCCUUCUCAGUGGAGUACAAAAGCAGUGGGCAAAAAGAGUUUGUAUAUUUUUUUCUUCCUCAAAAUGCUACAGUAAAGCCAGAGAGCUCAUGUGGUACAGGUAACACAUCUCAUCCAAUUCUGGUAUUGGGUUUUGGAGCAGGACAUUCAUUAAGCCUGAAUUUCUCAGAAAAUGCAGACAAAUACCAAGUCGAAGAGCUAGUUUUCCACUACAAUUUGUCAGAUGCAACUUUAUUCCAUAAUGCAACUGCAGGAGAAAUAAAGAAAGUAUCAAGUAAAAAUAUUUUUGAGGCAAAUCUGGGCACAAAAUACAGAUGCAUCAGCUCCAAGCAUGUCAAUAUGAAGAAUGUGAACGUUACUUUUAGCAAUGUUACUUUGGAAGCCUAUCUCACAAAUGGCACUUUAAGUUUGAACAAGACAGAAUGUGCUGAAGAUAUGAUGUCUACUACUGCUGUAGUGCCUACAACUCCUAAACAAACUACUAGCCAGGUUCCAACAACUAGCCCUGCACCAACUGCAUCGCCCCCAAAUCCUGCAGUUGGUAAAUACAACGUGACUGGUCCAAAUGGAACCUGUGUACUUGCCUACAUGGGAUUACAGCUUAAUAUCACCUAUCUAAAAAAGGAUGAAAAGAUGGGAUUGGAUCUGCUGAAUUUCGUACCACGUAAUACAACUUCUUCUGGGACGUGCGACAAUAUGUCUGCCUUCUUGAAUCUGACUUUUGAGAAAACAAGGGUUAUCUUCCACUUUGCAUUGAACACAAGCGCUGAAAAAUUCUUCCUGCAAGGUGUGACUGUAAGCACGACUCUGCCUUCUGAAGCCAAAGUUCCCAAGUUUGAAGCAUCGAACAACAGCAUGAGUGAGCUGAGAGCUACAGUAGGAAACUCCUACAAGUGCAGUGCAGAGGAGAAUCUCCAGGUCACCGACAAAGCCCUUGUCAAUGUGUUUAAUGUUCAGAUCCAGGUUUUCAAGAUCGAUGGAGACAAAUUCGGGACAGUGGAAGAAUGUCAACUGGAUGAAAAUAACAUGCUGAUCCCUAUCAUAGUUGGUGCAGCCCUUGCUGGUCUUGUUCUGAUUGUCUUGAUUGCUUAUUUGAUUGGCAGGAAGAGGAGCCACGCUGGGUAUCAAACAAUUUAAUGACUUGCACUAAAACCCAGUGUAGAUGGAAAGCAAUUGCAAGAAGCUGGGAAAAAACCCCCACACAUUUCCCCUGAGCUAAGAUUGAUAUUGUAAGGGAACACCUUUUCUUGCAAAUUGCUUCUUCUUCGAGUCUGCUUUAUUAAAUGUGAAAUCAUCUUGCAGCAUUUAACUAUGCACAGAAAUAACUUCUGAAAAUUCUGGUGUUUAAUUUUGCUAACUAGUUGAAAUAUUUACCCACUUAGAAACAAGCUAAAAGUUUUUAAGGGUGCUUUUUUGGAAUUGGCAUAAGGUGAUGUCAGCUAAAGUUUCCAGAGAGGGAUGUUGCUAAUUCACACUGACUCAGUUUCAGAACUCUUAACAAAGGGAAAAGGCUCAUUCUUUGUACUGCUGCCACCCGGGGAUGAUGUUAAUGAUACUGAUGAUUCAUUUAAAGAAAUUUAGUAACAACUGACAAAAUGGAAAUUUAAGAUCUAUACUCCACCUCGUCUCUUAGGUGUGUAUUUUUUACUAAGCUUUAAACUCAAUGCCUGGCAUAUGCAGGGUGUGAACAACGCAAUACUCAAACCUUACAGGAACUCUUUAUGAUUGGACAACUCCCCUGUUUGAUAUUUUUGAUGCUCUGCCGGCUUGUUAGGAGCUGGUACUUUUUUAAAAUGGGUGUUAUUUUUAUUUACGUUUUUUUGUAAAGUGAUUUCAGUCUCUUCUGUUGGAAGGUCCAGAGAGAUCCUGUUACUGCACAUGUGUACAAUAUAGAUCUCAAUCUGCUGAUUCUCUUGCUUUAAACUUGGCUGGGGGGUUGUACACUUUAAGGAUCAGUUCUUAUGUAUGCAUUGCCUGUAACAAUGCUAAUAAAGACACUUUUUUUCUGUAUA